GUGAGCCCAUUUGUAGUCACUUCUCUAUAUGGAACCUUGAACGGGAAGCUGAGCUGUUAACCUUAUCAGACGGCUCCUGGCAAACGAGGGGCAAUUGAAAGAACAUCUCCGUUUGUAUCGGCUACCAGAUGAGGCUUGGAUGUCACACAACUACUCGUCACUAGCAUCACCACCAAAACCCUAGGCGUCGGACCUAUUUAGACAGCCGAUCUGUUCUUGUAUUGUUGUCUCCAACUAUCACGUCCGCACUGAAAUAUGGAAAAAGUACGACACGCCAUUAAAGAAGUAUUCUACUUCAUCAUCUUUCUGCUGCUCCUCCCGCCUCUCCUUGUCAUAACGUGGACCGAUUGGGGCAUCCGUCAAGGUUAUAAGUUUAUGCGCCCGCAAAACCUCAAAGCCCGGCAUCGUGAACGCCCUUCUAGACCGCCCGUUCCAAUUUCAAGACGUCGUGCAUUAACACUACCUUUGCCUUUGGUAAACACUCACAAGCACCAUGGGCCAUUCACGAACGCCCAAGAACAGUCUGUGUUCUUCAAACUGCCCCUGGAACUUCGCGAGAUGGUUUACCAGGAGGUUCUUAUAUCACCUUUUCGGCUACAUGUUCGGCGCACCCAUCGAAGGCUGUGUAGUAAACCUUGCAACGAGCUAAAGGAAGGACCUUGGACGUUCUCUACUAGGUUUUCGCAUGGCUACUGCCAGCUUCCCCCUAUGGCAAGAGAUGGCAGCGUUCAGCGGCGCUCUCACAAGGACCCUCCACGUAAGGAUAAAUUUCUACCCUUACUCUCCAGCUGUCGUAGAGUGUAUUCCGAGAGCGUCGCUCUACUAUACACCAUGAAUACGCUGCUUCUGGAGGACCAUCGCACGUUCCUCCUUUUACCAAAAGCUAUCGCCCCUCAUCGGUUGAGGUCGCUCCGCUUCUUGUCUCUUCAGAUGAACGUCUUCCGGGGCGACACUAUAGAUUGCGAUAUUCAGUCAUCGUGGUUGGAAAUAUGCACAACACUAGCUGGAAUGGACCGCUUAGAAGAUCUGCGCAUUGCGUUGGGUGCGCACACCCAAGAGGCCAACACGCCCAUGCCGCACCGUCCAGUACUCACUUUACUCACGCCCCUGAGAGAAGUGAGAGCCACAAGGUUUCGUGUUUUGAUACCGCCAGGAUGCAGAUUGAACCAAACCAUUGGUGGUGAUGAACAGCCUUUUUCCAUUGAGGUGAGGGCGAGUCUGUAUGACAAUUGCCGUUGUUGUCGAGCUAUUCGCAGUCCUUCUUCUUUUCCGUUUCCACCCUCUUGGAGUGAUAUGUGAUGAAUGCUAUUGGGUUGUUGGGAAAUUGCAGACGCAAGAUAAGGUUAUUCAUGUACAUAGUAGUACUAGGUAUCAUCGGGCAACUACGUAAGGACUUAAUGCCACGGCGACGGCGACGUACCUGGGAACUUUGCCUUAUCGA